AUGGAGCUCAAUGAAGAUUACUUUGUCUAUUGCUUCCCUUUUUCUAGCGAAACAUCGCUAUUAUGGAAGAAUCUAGUGGGAAAGAAGAAGGGUACGACGUGCGGUGGUGGCGUGAUGCCGGUGUUGGUCGUCGGCAAGAUGGGUGAACUUUGGUUUGGUUUCUGUGAUGGAAGGAAGAGGUGGGCAGAACUUAAAAAGAAAGAGAAUAAAUUUAUAGACGGAUUUGGUACCUACAAUGGCACUAAUGAAAGUUUUGAAUUAAGAUUGCUACUAAAUGAAAGGUUCGGUACCUUGACUCAACAAUCUGCAGUAAAAUUCGGUAUUCCAAGGCUGGUUUUUUCCGGCAUGGGAAUUUUUUCCACCACCCAGUGUCAAAUAAUGGGAAAUGAUAGGCCACAUGCCGAAGCAGUUUCGCCAGAUAGUCCCUUUCUGAUUCCUGAUUUUCCCAAGUUGAUGUUGACAAGAAAUGACUUUGAUCCACCUUUCGGUAAGAUUGGACCCACUGGAGAAUGGGUGGACUUCGUGGAAGAGCAAAUCCUUGCCAAGGUGAAAAGUCAUAGCUUAAUUGUCAACAGUUUUUAUGAGCUAGAGUCAAGCUAUGUUGAUUAUUGGAAUCAUAAAAUGGGGCCAAAAGCUGGGUGUGUUGGGCCACUCUGUUUAGCUAAGUCAACUUCUAUGGCUGCCAUGGAGAAGCCACUAUAUAUGCAAUGGCUAGACGAUAAAUCUGCAUGUAGGAACCCUAGAACCGUUUCAAAACAUCAAAAAUAG